AUGUCUUGGAUAUAUCUAUUGUUCCUUUCAUGGUCACAUUCCUUUUUUUCUUCCUUGGUAUUUCUGCAUCCUGCCUUUCCUUCAACCUCAGUCAUUCAGCAUCAUUCUGCCUUUCCUUCUGCCACACUCAUUCCGCCUUUCCUUCUGCCACACUCAUUCCGCCUUUCCUUCUGCCACACUCAUUCCGCCUUUCCUUCUGCCACACUCAUUCCGCCUUUCCUUCUGCCACACUCAUUCCGCCUUUCCUUCUGCCACACUCAUUCCGCCUUUCCUUCUGCCACACUCAUUCCGCCUUUCCUUCUGCCACACUCAUUCCGCAUUAUUCUGCCUUUCCUUCUGCCACACUCAUUCCGCCUUUCCUUCUGCCACACUCAUUACGCCUUUCCUUCUGGCACACUCAUUCCGCAUCAUUCUGUCUUUCCUUCUGCCACACUCAUUCCGCAUCAUUCUGCCUUUCCUUCUGCCGCACUCAUUCCACCUUUCCUUCCACCUCAGUCAUUACACAUCAUUCUCUGCUUUCUGCUCCAGCCAUUGCACAUCCUUCUGCUUUGUGGGUACAAAUUUUUUAAUACUUUAUUCUUAUUCCUUAAUAUCAACUCAAUUGCAUUUUCUCCAUUUCAUCAACUCUUUUCUUCUGAUAUUCAAAUUAAAUGUGCAUUCAUUUCUCACAUUAAUUUUUUCUUUUUUUUUUUUAACCUUCCUUUGUUUGAUUAUUUACAUUUUUCAGUGACUUUUUUCUUUCUUAUUUUUAUUCACUUUUCCUUCAAGCCUUCAUUUUCCUCAUUUUUCCAAUUUAAUACUUUUGUUUUUCCUUUCUUCAUUUUCUCUUUCUCUUCAGUCUGCUAUUUCUUUCUUAAUUUCUUCUUACUACUUCCCCUUUGUCUUUCCUUCAUUUCUUUUAUCUUCUUUGUUUUUUCUUUUAACUUCCAGGAUUUCCAUUUUUCUUUAAGUUUUUCAUCCUGUUUUUGCCCUUGUUUUUUUUAUUCAUUCUUCUAUUUUUAUUAUUACUAUUUUUUCUUUCCAUCUAGCUUUUUCUAA